GUGCGUUCGUUUAGACUAGAUACCAGGAACCUUUAGUAUACAGAAGAUUUAUGUAGUAUUCCUUUCUCAUGCUGUUCUUGGCCUGGAAUUUCUUGUACUUCUAGCUUAGUUCAUUGAUGUAUUGCCCUCUGACAUCUAUGUAUGUUAUCUUGCAAAAUUUUUCUUUAGAAACACAUUGCCAGUUUAGUGUGAUUUUUACCAGGUACCUGCCAGCUUCAUGAAGAGCUGCGUGUAAUUGUCAGAAAAUAGUUCAGACCAUAGAAGUAGCUUUGUUUGCUAGUAACAAUUACACAGAUCUGUAAAUGUAUUUUUGUGUAUAGUUUGACAUAUACAAAGUAGCUACACUGAUAGUUUCCAGACAUUUCAUUUUGUUUGUGAUAUUGUUAAUGAAUUGCUGAUUGACAAGGGAAUAAAGCAUUUUCUAUGAACUCUAAUGUUGGGAAGGGUAUAAUUAAAACUCUGGAUAUUCAUUUCAGACACCAAUUGUCUCAACAUUGGAUAAAGUGUUAGAAGCUCAGCCUGAGAAGAGAGAGGCCAUCCUAGGUGAAAUGGAGCAGAUACUUAUACCAAUGGCACAAAAAGAGGCUGUGAUAAAACACUCACUGGUACAUAAAGUAUUUUUGGACUUUUUCACUCAUGCUCUUCCAAAACAAAGAUCUGAAAUGAUAGAAGCUAUCAGAGAGGCUGUCAUCUACCUGGCACACACUCAUGAUGGAGCCAGAGUAGCAAUGCACUGUUUAUGGCAUGGUACCCCCAAGGACAGAAAAGUUAUUGUGAAAACUAUGAAGACAUACAUCGAAAAAAUAGCUACGGGUGAAUUUUCUCAUUUGGUUUUGUUGGCAGCAUUUGAUUGCAUCGACGACACUAAACUCGUGAAACAGUUAAUUAUAACUGUAAGUAAUUACUUUUUCCUAAAACACUGUAUCAGGCAUUAUCUCAUUUUUCAUUGUACAAGAGUAUGACAGUAAAAGUCCAUC